UUCACUCCUCCACGACGCAGGAUCUCUCCAUCGCUUCCGCGGAAGAACCCCGUCUCUGCUGUCCCAUUAAAGAUGGAGCUGUCUGCGGCAGGGGACCGAGUGUUUGCCGCUGAGGCCAUCCUGAAGCGCCGCAUUCGUAAGGGACGGAUGGAGUACCUAGUGAAAUGGAAAGGAUGGGCAAUAAAGUACAGCACAUGGGAACCUGAGGAGAACAUCCUAGAUGAACGACUCGUUGCAGCAUUUGAACAAAAAGAGCGGGAACAGGAGCUGUAUGGACCUAAAAAGAGAGGCCCAAAACCUAUAACAUUGCUUCUGAAGUCAAGAGCACAGGUUGCAGACACUUCCUCAAGAGUCCCGGAGUUCAAGCACACUCGUCCUCAGCAGCAUUCCAAGCUUCCUCCGCCCUCUGCUACACCGUCCUACACCCCAACCGUCCCUUCCAACGCUAAACUGCAAUCGGGCACCGCUCAGCCCAAACUGAAGAAAGACAUUCACCGCUGCCAUCGCAUGGCACGUCGGCCCUUGCCCCGUCCAGACCAGACAAUCGGUCCCUCCAGUCCUUUUUCGUCCCGUCCGACAGUCAGUCCUUUCUCAGAAACGGUCCGCAUUCUCAAUCGUAAAGUCAAACCAAGGGAAGUAAAGAAAGGACGGGUCAUUCUGAACCUCAAAGUGGUUGACAAGGCUGGGAACGGCGCAGUUGCUAACAGUAGAAGGACACACGUGCCCUCCACCCAGCAGUCCCAUUUUGGCCGGCUGAAGAUUCCGUCCCAGAACAGGGUAAUUGGGAAAAACAGGCGGUUUGGAGAGGUGUCCUACCGAGGAAUCCAGCCCACCAUUAAAAGUUCUGGGUUUCCUGUUUUCGGAAAACUCUUCGAUUCUCACUCCCUGAGCAAUGCCGAGAACCAGACUCAAAGUGGAGAGAGUCGUAAUAACACAACAAACAAUCUCGCUUCCUCCCAAAGUUCAAAGGCGGAUGUGUCCAAAGGUCAGACUCUUGAUGAACUGCCUCCGUCAAACUCGAGCUCUGAAGUUUCAGAUGGCGAGCCACCCUCCCCGCCACAAACCCAAUCCCAGCAUUCCUCAUUGCCACCAAAGGCCUCUGCAACCAAGGCCCAAGAUCCUGCCCUUCACAAACUGAGCGCUCAACCUGCAGCAUCCAAAAACAGCUCGGGUCCUUCUGCUCUUCCAUCUUCUCCUAUGUUUUCCUCAUCGUCCUCUGCCUCGUCAUCUUCAGAAGACAACGAACACAUCCUGGACCUCUCCGUACCUCAUGAAAUGGACAGGCGAUUGCGGCGACGCCAUCCCUUCUCUGGCCGUCAUCCGCUCAAGGUCCCAGAGGUGCCCGUGUCGGAGGAACCGUCGGAGGAAGAGGAAGAUUUGGACUGGCAUCCUGACAUGACCUCCCGAUGUGCCAAUGUAGUCGUGACGGACAUCACAGCUAACCUCCUCACCGUAACGAUCAAGGAGUUCUGUCAUCCGCCCUCCGCUACUCCUCCUCCCUGCUACCCCAAAAAUAUAUCAGCUCAACACGACACAAAACAGCCAAAGGACCACCCCAAUAAAGCAUCUAAGCCCCCACCUCUUGUUGUCCCCACGGUAAUACCGAGAUGGAGACACAGAGAGACGCGUCCUGCGUGUGGACAGGCACAUUACAGAGGAAGAGCUGUUGAUUUCGAGCGCUGCAGAAUUCAGCCUACUGAUGAACUCAAUUCACUCUUAAGCUCCAUAUCUCUCCUUUAUCUUUUGUUUCUUAUCAUCACUGAUUUUUUAACCGCCACCCUGAAGUUCAUCGUUGUCAUUCUGGCCGCCGGGAUGGUGGCGUUUAUCGGAGCGGUUAUAUGCAUCAUCGCCGCGGUUCACAGCGGAUCUCCACCGGUAUCCGCGACCGCAGCGCAGCCCCUGGCCGACAACCAUUCCCUUUCACCGGACGCAACCGGGAAGGCGUUUUCCACCGGGUCAGUGGCCCGAGCAGGACCGCUGGACGCUCUUCACGGUACAGAUACGACCAGCAGGGAACGAGGGGGACCGGAGGCGCCAACCUUCUACGGUUUAACGGGACUAGGGACCGGAGGCAGUGAGCAGCAGGUCACUUACAACAGACUAAUCUGCACCCCUGUCCCCGCCGGUGAGUGCAACCCCAAAAACUUUCAGCAACAAGCGGACGACCCAUCGUUAUUCGCGGGAGAGGACUGGGGGUACCUGCGCACCACCGCCGAGGAGCUCCGGCAGACCGUCCUGCAGCAGAAGGAUGAGAUCAUCACGGAUCAGAGAACCAUACGGGAGCUAUCGGGAAAGCUGUCGGAAUGCGAGAGUGGCUUGAAGGGACGCAGUGUCCCGGAGCGGAGCGCGGGACUCGGGGACGCGCGGAAAGAGAAUAAGGAGCAGCUCAUGAUGCGGGAUGAUGCGAGGACCUCAAAGCGGGCCACUCAUGCGAUGGAGGAGCUGGUGCAUGCCAUAACUCACAUGAAAGACCGCAUCGACAAACUGGAGUCUGAAAUGGCACCAGCAGCGUUCAAUCACACAGACGCAAGCUCACAGAAAGCAGCAGGUGCUGCUCGCACACCAAUGGCAGCUGCACAGAGACGAGUGGAGGAUCUGGAAGGAGAACUGAAGAGAAAGAUAAAACUGCUGGAGGAAGAGAGGAAAGCACUGCGGAAAGAGACACAGAGACAUCAAGAGCAUAUUGACUACGGACUGGACACUGUACACCAGAGGAUAAGCAGCCUGGAGAAAGGUCUUUCUGAUAACAAGUUUCCGGAGGGUUACAGGCUCUCGUUCCCUGUACGCAGCACCUCCAUGUAUGCCACUGUAAAGCAGGAAAUCCCAGCCCUCCACGCUCUGACUGCCUGCAUGUGGAUCAAACCUGCAAAGAGCAUCUUGGGAACAGUAGUUUCUUAUGCUGUUUCUGACCAGAGCCACGAGUUUGUGCUUCAGCAGUUGGUUCAUGGACCCAUUGAGCUCAUCAUUAAUAAUGAGGUGGCGCCGUUACCUCUGAACUUAACAGUGGGCAGAUGGCAGCAUAUGUGUGUGAGCUGGAACCGGAGAGCUGGAGCGUGGUAUGCCUACCUAGGGGGCAAACUAAAGCUUGAAGGAAGUGACCUGGCAACCCGUCACAGCAUCCGACCGGGAGGAACUCUCAUCCUUGGCCAAGAACAGAGCUCAGUGGGCGGUCUUCAUUUCGAGGUGUCACGGGCUAUGGUGGGGGAGCUGUCUGAGUUUAAUGUGUGGGACCGGCCACUUUCACACAUGGAGCUCUCUGCUCUUGCCCACUGCAGCACAGGGAUGCUGGGUAAUGUUGUCCCAUGGACCAGCCGCGAGGUGGAGGUUUUUGGAGGCGUCACCAAACAACCAGCUGAUCAUUGCGAGCAUCGCUCCAGUGCCAGACAGUGAUGAGCUCCUGAGGGCUCGUUUAAGGGUUAGCGAGUCAUAUACAGGGUGUUCAGAGAUUGAAAAGAUUCACCAGAGAGCAAUACACCACACCAUGGUCAUGCUGAUUUCUUUAAGGCAGAGUUUUUUGUUAGAGGCAUUUGCUGAAAGAUGCCUAAAUAUCAUUACUGUUCAGGGUUAGGGAUUUAAACAAACCACUAAACCUAAGUGUUAAAUAAAUAGUGCACAACUCAUCCCACACGAUCAAGAAUGUGCUACGAACAAGAAUGAUACCUGAAAUCAUGUGGCUAGUUGAGGAGAGCUGUGCUGUUAUUUUUCUAAACAUCCAAACCUGUGGUUUUCACUUGGCAGAUGAUAAAAUGGGACAAAUCAGCUAAAAAAUCACCCUCAUGUUGUUCCAAACCUGUAUGAAUUUAUUUUUUCAGUUGAACACAAUAGGAGAUAUUUCAAGAAAUGUGUGUUACCAAACAGUUGACAGUAGCCAUUGACUUCCAUAGAAUUGUUUUUCCAUACUAGAAGUUUUUUUUUUCUUCCAUACUGGAAGUCAAUGGCUACCAGCAACUGUUUGAUUACCGACAUUCUUUAAAAUAUCUUCUUUUGUGUUCAACAGAAGAAAGAAACUCAUAUAGGUUGGGAACAACAUGAGGGUGAGUAAAUGGUGACAGAAUUAACAUUUUUGGAGGAACUGUUACUUUAAGUUGCGGUUACAUUUACCGUUGUUUAACUUUUUCUUUCUUUUCUUUUCUUUUAAGCAAAAUGUGCAGAUUUCGCAACAGGCUUAAAUUGGUCAUGUGGAUUUGCUGUGUUGAUCAAAAGAAAGCUGGUUUGAAAGUGACUUCUCUGUGGGGCGGUCUUCAUGCUAUUUACAAUGGAUCUUUUUUGCCAGUGAAAGUUAGCCAUCAUUUUACUGAUGUUAAUGUGACCCCACCUUUACUUAGACAAGCCACAUCUAGGGACCAGAAUAUCAUAUCCAGUAUCUCAGGCUCCUUUCCAACUAUCAAUGUCCAAACCACCGUAGCAAUAUAAUAAAGACAUUCAGAACAGCUUAGCAAUCUCACAGCAAUGCCCUGACAACAAACAACGUCACUUGUGCAUGAUAGGGGUGAGUUUUGCGUGGGAAAGUAUCACUCUGAUUACAUUAUUUACAUCUGAUUAGUAAUACUUUGUUGAACAUCUGAAUUGCAAACAUCAGUGUAAACAUUUGAUGUGGGAUAUUCAGGCUCAGUGCUUGAUAAAAGGAUUUCUUUUUUUUUUCUCACAGUUCAAAGCAAAUAUUUGCAUACUCAUUCAGAUUUGUUGUUAUUUAUACAGUGUAUUUGAUUGAAAUGAGUUUAGAAAAAGCACACUCACACAGCUGGGAAAUUAUUUGCUUUUAGUCUGCCGUUUUUUUAUACUAGGUAUUUAUUUAUUUAUUUUCUUUGUAUGUUUGAUCUCUUCUUUUUUUAUUUUGAUGUUUUUGAAUCACACUGUUUCUAUGGUGAUCACUCGAGCAGAUUGAAUCCUAUUGGUCAGCCAUGUCCCGGUUGAAUUCUUCUCCAUUAAAAUCCCUUUAACACCAUCAGAAUCACAUCGAAUUAGAACAAAGACCAAAAAGGGAGCAGCUGAAGGCAGAAUCUGACCAGAUGAAUACUCCAGCAAUAUUUCAUACAAUAACUCCAUAAACCUUUUAAAGCCACUUUUUUUUUUUGAAACCCUUUAUAAUGUGGCAUCUACACUAACAUGCUUUCUGAGAACUGUUUUUUAUGUGUUAAACGUACUGUAAUCUGCACAUCUCUACAUACAAAUCAGAUAUCUUCUCAUGCUGAGAAAUUUGCAUGUAUAGCCUAUAUAGAUUUAUACACAAAUCUACUCAACAAAAUAAUAUUUGUAAAAAAACAAACAUUCCAUAUGAUGACUAUAAAGCCCCUUUCACACUGCCAUUCCGGCAAAUACAGGGGUAAAGUGUUCCUGUAAUUGUUCCCUGGUCGCUAGAUUUGGCACUUUCACACUGCCAGUGAUGACCCGGUAUAUGUGCGUGCUUUCACACACAACCCUUGAAGAUCCCGUAACGACACGUGACAUCAGCGCGUGACGUGUAAUGCACGAGUCGACAACGCUUGGCACGUUAUACUUUCACUGAAGCAAGCAAACGAUCUCUGCGUCAGCGCGGAAAGUGAGGAACUAACUGAUCUCUGCUUCAUUACAGUUUGCACAUAUGUUUUCGUCGCGAACGUUGAUCUUCCUUCAAAACAGCCGGUAAAAGAGUCGCGCGAUAACGCGCGUCAUCACUUCGAUACCGAAUUAGAUCUGGCUUUUGUUCACACAGCGCUCGUUCCGGAUCGAUUACCGCAAUGUUACUAUGUCCCCGACCCGGGUUCGAUUCGGUAAUCAAUUCCGGGACGUGGUUGCUUUCACACAGAAGGCGACCAGGCAAUGUUACGGGAAUAUUGCGGGUCCGACGUGCAGUGUGAAAGGGGCUUAAUACUCACAGUUAUAUGUACAUUCCACAGUCUAUCUGUCUCUCUUCAUAACUGUGACUGAACAGGCAUCUCGGAGCUUUUGUAAAUUACGCUGCACAUGUGAUAUGCUUUAUGUGGAUUAUACUCAAUUAAUUAUUUAUGUGUAAAAUGCAGCAGGCUUUAAAAUGCCUGCUUUGUGGCCUUGUCAUACACAAGAAUGUUGUUCCGAAUGUGCAAUCAUAAUAUAUAUAUAUAUAUAUAUAUAUAUAUAUAUAUAUAUAUAUAUAUAUAUAUAUAUAUAUAUAAAUUAAAUUAAAUUUAUGCAUUUAGCAGGCGCUUUUAUCCAAAGCGACUUACAGUGCAUUCAGGCUAUCAAUUUUUACACACAUAUAUAUAUAUAUACAUACACACACACACACACACACACACACACACACACAUACCUGCACACUGAUGGACAUAGCUGAUAUUAUUAUGGAUGUGGUUUUAUUUUGGUGUAAACAGUUGUUUUAUUAGCAUGUAGUUUGAGGUUCCAUGGCCACAUUGAACGGCACCACAUCAUUCUAAUGGUUUGGAAUUGUGUUUUUGAAAGUGUUUCAGCACUAAAUAUAUCUUCUAUAUCUUCAGAUGUAUUGUGUAUUUGCUGUUGCUAGUGCAAUGCCUGUUUGUUUGCAUUCAGUGGUCAUUUUGUGAAGUUCAAUUAUCUUAAUGUACAUGAACAAGCUUCAAAUUGUAUUUAGAGAGAGUGGUUUAAAAAUGAUUGUUUCCUUUUCUGGAAUAUGUUUGUUUCCGAAUGAAGAAAUAACUUGAAAAGUUGGAUAUAAAGUUCUCUCAUUUUGCGUGAACAUUUUUCUACACUAAGUAUUUUCUCAUUUACAUUUUUUAAAGAUCUUCUUCUAUCCUGUAAUGUUCAUUUCUGGCGUUCUGUCGUUGUCUGUGUUGAAAUGGAGAUCAAAUGUGUUCAAAUCUAAGAUGAAAACGAGAAUUAAAAUAUAUAACACCA